AUGGCCUCAGCUUCUUCCUCGUCGUCGUCCACAGCGGCAAGAUCCUCAAAGUCAAAGAAGCGAUGGACCAGAGACCAACUCCUCAGGAAUCUCGAGAUUCUGGGGCCCCUUUCCGACCCUCUCCCACCCACUUUACCCCCAUCGCCUCCUGCCUCGCGCUCAGCGUCCCCCGCCCCACCCCUCAAGCGCAAAUCCGACUCUCUAGGCGACCAUAACGACAGCGUCAAGCGUCCUAGAACGGCGGAGCGAAAUGGACACUCCCUUCCCGAAAGACUACCCCAGCACCUGCAUCGCUCGUCGUCGUCGACCAGCAGCUCCAAUGCUCAGGCACCCACCCCUCGCUCAAACCACCCUCCUAUAGCGGAACCCUGUGAGGAUGGAGAGGUUCGCGAAGAGGCCGAGUCCGUCGCCUCAACCUCGGUGGCCGCAUCAGCGACUGCAUCAGUUCCGGUACAUUCUCGCGGUCCGCCUGCCGUGUCGGCACCCACCGCUGACCCCGACCCCAUCUCGAGUUUCACUCCCAUACAUCGCCCGAGAAGAGGCCGUCCUUCUCCAACAUAUACGGAUGAGCUCCAUGAUAAAUAUCAUAAGUAUGGCCGUAUGCUCAAGUAUUCGGGGGAUGCGCGCUUUUGGUCUACCUAUCCAUCAACACACAAGGAAUACCGCCCUUUGCCCAACCCCCCUCCACCGAACUCGCCAUACCACAAGCAUGGCGGCCUUGUGGCCAGAUUGGAACUACUAGAUGCGCUAGUCUGCUUCACCUACUCAACAUGGACCAAGGAUCACGGUCGGCGUACUUGCGAUCUCAACACAUGGGCCACGAUGGACCCCUUCCUCAAGUGGUGUAAGCAUAAGUGGUCGGCAGAGGAUGGCUAUAAUGAUGCGGAAAGGGCUUUGCAAGGUCUCAUUUACAUGAUCGAGGGCUUUAUUUUGUCUCGAAAGAUGGUCUACAACUGCAGAACCGCGCCCGGGCAGGACAUCAAGCGUCUCCAUAAUGAAAUGUCAUCAAACAUGAUGGCUGCCGCGCGAGAAGCUAAGUCUAAAUCAUCGGGGGCUAGUGUCGCAGGUGGCAUCAAUGGAACCGGUCUCAUGCCGGCCUCAGCACACCAGCUUCCGUCCCCAGCGAGCAUUGCCACAGCGAGCAGCGCUAACUCGACCCCGACAAACCCAGGUGCAUCGACUCAUUCCUCCGCUUCCUCUAGUUCGCAUAGACCCAAUGGGACUGUUAACGCUCGACCACAGCCGCCUAGUACACCACUUCCUUCAAUACCACAUGGCUUCCUUCCAGAGUCGAUGCGGAGUCACUAUGACCAGAUACCAAGUCAAGUUCUCACUGCCAUGUCCUCCGUCACGGUCAAAGUUGCUCCUUCACAAUUACAAGAUAUCACGGAUUUGGUCAUGAUGAUGAACACCUCAUCGUCGCUGUUGGGUACGGCCAAUCAGAUGCUAAACCUCCCCAUUCUCCGUAAAUCCUUCCCACGAACGUAUGCUCGUAUGGUUCAUAGCACGCUGAGCCCACAGGAAGAGCUGGAGCCGGAGUUUGAGGACGAGGACGGAGAACUAUUCUGGCCGGGGCAGAGUGUCAGUGGCGAGGGCCUGGGCUGGGUUUGUCUCAUGGGAAAGGCGAUGAUCGUUGAAUUUGGAAAGGCGUAUGGGUAUGCGGGUCUAGCGGGGGUGGUUCCGAAGCCACCGGCUGGCGAGGAACGAGAGAAGAGAAGGUAG